CCUUAGCCCCUCCCCACUCCCGGCAUGCCCCGCGCGACUUCCUCCGUCUGCCCCCUCCGCGCGCCAGACUGGCCUAAGCGAGCGAGCAAGAUGGCGGCCGAGGCGGAUUCCUGGGACGCGGACACCUUCGAGGCCGAGGCCGAGGCGGACCCUCUGGCCGGGCGCCUCCUGCCCACGCCGGCUGUGGGGGCCGCGGACCGGUGGGCCGGCGAGGACGAGGACGACGACGUCAAGGAUAAUUGGGAUGAUGAGGAAGAGGAAGAAGAAAAGGAGGCAGAGGUAAAGACAGAACCCAAAGUUUCAGAAAAGAAGAAAAUAGCAGAAAAAAUAAAAGAGAGGGAAAAACUGCAGAAGAAAAAGCAAGAGGAGAUUAAAAAAAGGUUAGAGGAAUCAGAAGAGUCUAAUGAACUUGCACCAGAAGAACAGCUAGCAGACAAACUACGGCUGCAGAAAUUGCAAGAAGAGGCAGACCUUGAAUUAGCAAAAGAAACCUUCGGCGUAAACAACACAUUUGGAAUAGAUGCCAUGAAUCCAUCUUCAAAAGAUGACUUCACGGAGUUCGGGAAAUUGUUAAAAGAGAAAAUAACACAGUAUGAGAAAUCCCUGUAUUAUGCUGGCUUUUUGGAAACGUUAGUUCGAGAUGUAUGUAUUUCAUUGGAAGUUGAUGACUUGAAAAAGGUCACAAAUUCCUUGACAGUGCUAUGCAGCGAGAAGCAAAAACAAGAGAAGCAAAGUAAAGCCAAAAAGAAGAAAAAAGGAGUGGUGCCUGGAGGAGGUUUAAAAGCGACUAUGAAAGACGACCUGGCAGACUAUGGUGGUUAUGAUGGGGGCUACGUACAAGACUUUGAAGACUUCAUGUGAUGUUUCUCCUCCCGUCUGUGUCUUUCUGUUGCCCAUAAUCCCUUAAAUGUGUAGCACAACUUCUUUCCUUUAAAUCCUGCCAAAUGCUACAAUCAAAAAGUAUCUUUGUGCUGUUGGGUCAGCCUGUCGACGACACUCGCUGCUAAAGCGUUGGGUGCCCAUCUUUGAGGCCAUGGGAGUAAAAUUAUGAGGCUCAAUUGCUUAUUCAAUCAUAGGAAAUAAUGGGACUUUGUUAAUGUUUUACUUCAUAGCAGCAGAAGCAGCACCGAAUUGGGAAUUAAUUUCAACAAGGCCAAAAUUGUAUUAUUACCAGCAGAGUUUAGUCAUAACAGCCUUAACUGUCUCUCUUCCACUGACUACCCAGGCAACAAAAGCAGUUUGCAGCUAGGGGCAUGGUGUGUAUUUAGUAUUAAAAAUGGCUUUUAGCUAUUAAAUUAGAGCUUGAGGUGUUUCAUUAAAUUGGCAAAUGGCCUGAGGGGGGAUUCUGCACUUGGAAUGCAUCUAUGAAAUUCCCAACUUCAGAGCUUGAAAGCAGCAAAUGAUCCCUUUCUUUGGGUCAGAACACACGCUGGUUCUGUUGCAUUGGGGGGGAAACUUGUGGCUCAAGUCUAAGCAGUUUAGUUUAUACACUUUUUUCUGACUCUUUGGGAGAAUUCUUUAUCGCCAGGAUUUGGUGGCUGUAGUCGAGCUCUCACAAGACCUUGCUGUUUUUUUUUCAUUUACAGGAAUCCUGCUUAGCAAACUGCAACAGUUAUGACAGUUGGGUAAAUUGUUAUGUUAACAAUUAUGACAUCUGCAAUGUUUUAUAAGAGCAACUAAUUUAAUAAAAUCACUAUUGUGAGGACUGAGA